AUGGCAUCAAGAUGGACUGCGGCGCUGUUCUGCGUUGCGGCUAUCCUUCGCGUUGGUUCAACCAACAAGCUUCCUGUUUUCAUUCAAGAUAUGGACAACCUAGCUCUAUACGAAAGUACACCAGUUGGAGAGAUCAUAUAUACUCUACAGGGACAGACGGACCCUGAAGGCUUGCCUAUUAAGUAUGGACUUGUCGGCACAGACAAGUUUUCUGUGAAUCCAGAAAGUGGAGAAGUUACGCUAGUUCUUCCAUUAGAUAGAGAGAGAGAAGACACGAUAAAGUUCUUAGUAUCAAUCGAAAACGAGGAUCCGGACACGAAGAGUGUGUUGCAACAGUCACAACCGAUCACCGUCAUCGUAUUGGACGAAAACGACAAUCCGCCUAUAUUUAAAAAUAGUCCUUACGAGGUCGACGUGCCAGAAGACGAAGAGAUCGGUAGAACUAUACUGCGGAAUAUCGAAGUAGAAGACGUGGACUCCGUCGGUGAUGGAUUGGAAGUUGGAUGUGUCCCUAAUGAACAGUGGCCAGAAGUUUGUGAAUACUUCGAAGUAGUAAGUCUCCAUUCAACGGCAAACCAGUACAACGGCGCUUUAGUGCUUAGGAAGAAGUUGGACUACAACGAGAAACAAUUCUAUCAGUUCCAGAUUUAUGCCACGGAUGGCAGCCUCAACUCAACAGCCCAUGUCGAAGUAAAAGUAGUCGAUGUUCAGAACAGCCCACCGGUGUUCAGUGGAGCCCUUAGUGGAGCCCUAGCUGAGGAUGCUCCAGUGGGAACAGUAGUUCUGGUCAUCAAAGCCAGGGAUGCUGACCGAGCCCAGCCGAGGGAUGUUAAGCUGGAACUUAUAACGAACCCUCUCGACUUUUUCUGGCUAGACAGUGCGACGGGGGCGUUAAAAACAGCUAAACCGUUGGACAGAGAAGCGCUGGCCGAUCCGUCUUCACCACUCAACCUUACUGUUAGGGCAAGUGAAAUAGUAAACGGAGUGCCAGUGGUCUCCGACCUCACUUCAUCUACCGCUACUGUGACCGUCACCAUCAAGGAUGUGAACGAUGAACCACCACGCUUCAAUAGGAGGGAGUACAGUGUGGGGCUACCAGAGAGCUUACCCCCCGGGACUCCCCUCCCUAACCUUGAUAUGGUAGUCACUGAUACUGAUGUGGGCCUGAACUCAGUGUUCACUCUCCGUCUCUCUGAUGAAAUGGGAGCGUUCGUCAUAGAACCAGCGAUGGCCACCGGCAGCGCUACAGUCACUUUAAGACUGAACUCUAGUCUAGACUACGAAGACCCUAACCAAAGGAAAUUUAUUUUAGAGGUGAUAGCCGAGGAAGCCCACACGUCCCCCCCACUCUCGUCCAGGGCGAGUGUAACAGUUUCGCUGUGGGACGUCAACGACAACGCCCCACUGUUCACGGACGAGCCCUACUCAGCGAACGUGCCCGAGGCAGCCCUAGCGGGGACACGGGUCGCCGCGAUUAGGGCCACUGAUAGGGAUACCGGCAGAUUCGGCACAGAAGGCAUAGUAUACCAAAUAUCAGGAAAUGGCGCGGAACUAUUUCAAGUCGACAAUCGUAGCGGAGUGAUCACCGUAGCUCCUUGCGAUACUCCAGGACGGGCUCCGUGCUUGGACUAUGAAACUAGGAAGGAUUACUUCCUACAAUAUAAGGCGACAGAUGACGACGGCGCGGGCCAAAGUUCCGUGGUAUCGCUACAGAUCUCACUCACAGACUCCAAUGAUAACCCGCCGCUGUUCGUGACCCCGGUCUACAAGGCCUCCAUCGACGAGGAUGCGGUUAAAUUUGAACCAGAAUUAAUCGUUCAAGCUCGUGACGCAGACACAACAUCUGACAUCCGGUAUUCCAUCGCCUACCCUCCUAAUUCCCCGUUCUGGAUCGAACCUGUUUCCGGAAGGAUAUCAGUGUUGGGACAUGCCGCUCUAAACUCCACUAAAGAUAAUAAAAUCGUUCUUACUAUUUUGGCAACAGACGGAGUACACAAUUCAACUUGUAAAGUUGAAAUAACGAUCCGUGAUGUCAACAACCACGCGCCCGCCUUCGACACGGAUAAAUACGACGCGAAAAUUACUGAAGACGCGCCUGUCGGCACGGAAGUGGCAGCGGUACGAGCAAUAGAUUUAGAUAGCGGAAUAAACGCAGAAAUCAAAUAUGGCAUCCAGAAGGGUGCCCUCGACUCAUUCGUCGUUGACAAUGUUACCGGAGUUGUCACUGUAGCGUCUAAACUAGAUUUCGACAGGAAAAACACAUACCGGAUACAAAUUAUUGCUACUGAUAUGGGUAUACCGAGUCUUACCGGAACAACAGAACUAACGAUACACGUGAUCAACGUGAACGACAAGAAGCCUUCCUUCACGCCCAGUAUACAAAGAGCGGAAGUAUCAGCGGAUGCUGAACUGGGGACGGUCCUACAUACACUGGUCGCAGUGGACCCGGAUAUAACUGAUCGUGGUCAGCUUGUCUACGAAUUGGCUCGAGAUAGAGUCAUACGGGCUGUGGAUAAGAAUGGAGUUGAGGUAACUGAAGAGGGUAUUUUUGGGUCAUGGUUUUCGGUGUACCCCAACGGUAGUGUCGCGGUGUCGCAGACUCUAGACAGGAAUCGCGCGGCUGUCGUUACCCUUCCUGUCGCUGUGACUGAUGCUUCAGCGCCCACCUUGCAGAGGACUGAUGGCGAGUUAAUAAUAAACAUAGUGGAUGUGAACCGACACGCCCCAGUUUUCGGCCAGCCGGCUUACGUCGAACGAAUACUGGAAGAACAACCGAUCGGCACAAUACUCAACACAUACACCGCCACAGACAGAGAGUCCCCCAUCGCUUCCAUCGUUAUAUCUCCACCGAGUCCUUACUUUGAAAUUGAUAAUGUUACCGGUGUGGUCAGAACCUCCCAACGCAUAGACUUCGAACAGAUCCACUCUAUAAACUUCACUCUAGUAGCCGUGGACUCAGGAGUACCCCAGCUAUCCACAUCUGCAGGAGUUUUAGUGGAGGUGGUAAACGUCAAUGAUGAAGAGCCUCAGUUCUCCAACUCCUCGUAUUAUGCAGAACUUAAGGAACACGUGAAGGCGCACACCAGUGUGUUGACUGUUGCAGCCCUUGAUUUAGACGAAGGUGAAUUCGGUGAAGUAACGUACAGUCUGUCCGGAGAAUCUUCCUCGUUGUUCGCCAUAGACCCCACAUCCGGAGUCAUCACUGUAGCGGCAGACAGUAUCAUCGACAGAGAAGUAACGCCUGAACUUUGGUUCAGAGCCGUCGCUACUGACCAGGCUCCUCCACACGUUAGGAAGUCUGCCAGCGUGCCUGUGCAUAUUAAAGUUUUAGAUAUCAACGACAAUCCUCCAAUCUUCACCCAGAAAGUAUACAAAAGUACGAUUUCAGAGAACCUUCAGCUAGACCCUCCCGCCGCCAUACUUCAAGUGCUUGCGGAAGAUAAGGACGUCGGGAUUAAUGGAAAAGUUGUUUAUAGUGUACUACAGCAGAGUGAAUCGGGAGUGUUCACAGUGGAUCCAAACAGCGGUAUAAUCUACCCAGCUAGGGCGGUUGUGGGCGACACGGUGUACCAAAUAACAGUGGGGGCGAGGGAUGCUGGAGGGGGUGAAGGUAGCCACGCUGACACCGCAAGGGUUGAUAUUGCUGUACUCAGUGUCAAUAGACACAGCCCUGUGUUUGUGAACCCUCCACCUGAGAUGAGACAAAUUGAGGUGCCUGAGCACGCGGCCCAGGCAGACUUUCUGAUAACGACAAUAAAAGCAACCGAUGAAGAUACUGGAGACAACGGACAGGUUUCCUACUAUCUUAAAGUAGACAACCAGAAUGUCGGAGAAACUCAGGAGUUCAGUCUAGACCGAAAUACAGGAGAACUGAAGACUAAGACCUUCUUGGAUAGAGAAAUACAGGCCGAAUAUCAGUUAAUAAUAGCAGCAGUAGACAGCGGUAAACCGGCUCAGUUCGAAACCCUCCGACUUUUGACUGUCGUCUUGGUUGAUGAUGAAGACCACGCGCCGAGGUUCCUCCAUAGGCACCAUCAAUUUACUGUUAAGGAGAAUCUACCUCCAGGGAUUAUCGUCGGUAACGUCAAAGCCAUAGACAAAGAUUCGGGUGACAACGGCAAGGUCUAUUACCACGUGUUGGAAGGGAACCGCGAAGGAGCCUUCACGCUUGAUAGGACGCAAGGCGUGAUACGUGCUAAUGCGACUUUUGAUAGAGAAAAACAAGACGAAUACUCGAUGACAAUAUACGCCAGCAACAAUCCAAUAUUAGAGCACGCGGCGGCCAUCUUGAACUCUAUCGACAACAGUUCGGACAGCCAGGACCCCAGCGUUACUUCGGUCAGAAUUAAGAUAUUAGAUGAAAACGACAAUGAGCCAAAGUUUCAGCAGAAGAUAUACUACGCAGGAAUAAAACACACGGCCCGGGUCAACGAGCCCAUUAUAUCCAUACUCGCUGAAGACCCCGACUUGGGCGAAAACGGAACACUGCUAUACAUGGUAGCGGCUUCGAACUUAUAUAAGUUCGGUGCAUCGGAGUCCAGCGGAAGUGUAGUGCCUUCGCCAUUCAAUGUUAGCCAGGACGGUAUCCUGACUACUGCAACCUACAUGUCAGAGUACAACAACGACCGCUUCGUUCUGGACAUCAUUGCGCAGGAGUUAGCGCCGCCGCAUAGACAGGCGAAAACUCAGGUCUAUCUGUGGGUCACCGACCGCUCGGCGCUGAUCCGCAUGGUGCUGUCCCGCGGCUGCGCGGCGCCGGUGGAGCUCGUCCUGCGCCGCCUGGCCGCCGCCGCGCGCGCGCUGCUGGUGCCGGCGCGCCGCCUGCCGCUGGUGCAGGCCGACCGCCGCCACGACGACUGGUGUGAGAUCCACCUCCACGCAGUGGAUCCAGAUACAUACCAAGUGUUACCGGUCGACAAAGUUCUGGAGACCAUCGACUCGAAGUACGACCAGCUCAAGGAUGUGUACCAGCAGUUCGGUGUUGAAACGCUUAUCGCUGCGAGUGCUACUUCGAAAGCACCAGAUAACUUCGACCCCGCCCUAGCGACGCUGAUAGCUCUCCUCAUUGUCUUGUUCACGGGAAUCGUCACAUUCAUCGUUGUCUGCGCAUGUCUAAAACACUGGGUCAUCCCUCCACCGUCCCUUCAGUCCAGCAAAGGCGACAGUUUAGCAAGAAGGAGAAUAUUGGAGGAACUCAGUACUACAGAAAACCCAUUGUGGCUGGAAACGAAAUUAAGACCAUACGAAGAACAGGAAUUGACCAUGAAUGUGUUCGGAGACCAAAACGAACAAAAUGCUGAACAACCCACAUUGCAAGCGGACAACACGUACGCCACGAUCGCGGGCGGGCGCGGCGACUACGCCACGCUGGCGGGCGACUCGCCCACCGCGCUGCACGCCGCGCUGGGCUUCCAGGGUAGUACGUUUAAGCCACCUUCUCCUGACACACCAGAACCGCCUCCGCGACCAGCUGGCUUGGGACCACUAUCAUGAUUGUGAAAUAAUAAUAUAGAAUAAUAAUAAUAAUGUAUU